ACCGGCACCGUUAACCUGCAGGGCGCCGGUGGAGCUCAGCUAUUCAGCUACUGGGGGUCGACGACGAAGGAGAGGUGGAAAGCGGGUUCUUAGGCAGAAAGAGAAGAGGAAAGCACAGAGCCUAGAAUUGAAUGUGGGGACUUUGAAUGUUGGGACUUUGACAGGAAAAUCUCGGGAGUGGGUUGACAUGAUGAUUAGGAGAAAGGUUGAUAUAUUGUGUGUCCAGGGGAGCAGGUGGAAAGGCAGUAAGGCUAGAGGUUUCGGGGCAGGCUUUAAAGUAUUUGACCAUGGUGUAGAUGGGGAGAGAAAUGGAGUCGGGGUUAUUUGAAAAGAAGAGUUGGCUAAGAAUGUCUUGGAGGUAAAAGGAGUAUCAGAUCGAGUGAUGAGACUGAAACUUGAAAUUGAGGGUGUUAUGUGUCAUGUGAUUAGUGGCUAUGCCCCACAGGUAGGAUGUGACCUAGAGGUGAAAGAGACAUUCUGGAAGAUUCAGAAGAAAAAGGCAGAGCAGAGAACCAUGUGGUGGAAGCCGAGACAGGACGAGUGUUCUCCGGCUUUUCGGGAAGAGGUGAGACAGGCUCUCGGUGGACGGGAGGAGCUUCCAGAAGACUGGACCACUACAGCCAAGGUGAUUAGAAAGACAGGCAGGAGAGUACUUGGUGCAUCUUCUAGUAGAAAGGAGAGAAGGAGACUUGGUGGUGGAACUUCACAGAACAGGAACUCAUACAAGGAAAGAGGUUGGCUAAGAAGAAGUGGGACACCGAGAGGACCGAGGAGAGGCGAAAGGAAUACAUUGAGAUGCGACACAAGGCAAAGGUAGAGGUGGCAAAGGCCAAACAAGACGCAUAGGAUGACAUGAAUGCCAGGUUGGACAGUAAAGAAGGAGAAAAGGAUCUAUACAGGCUGGCCGGACAGAGGGAUAGAGAUGGGAAGGACGUGCAGCAGGUUAGGGCGAUUAAGGAAAGAGAUGGAAAUAUGUUGACUGGUGCCAGCAGUGUGCUAGCUAGAUGGAAAGAAUACUUUGAGGAGCUGAUGAAUGAGGAAAAUGAGAGAGAAGGGAAAGUAGAAGAGGCGAGUGUGGUGGACCAGGAAGUGGCCAUGAUGAGUAAGUUAGAAAGGCAUUCAAGAGGAUGAAAAAUGGAAAGGCAUUUGGUCCUGAUGACAUUCCUGAGGAGGUAUGGAAGCAUCUCGGAGAGGUGGCUGUGGAGGUUUGGACCAGCUUGUUCAAUAGAAUUGGCGUGCGUGAGAAGAUGCCUGAGGGAUGGAGGAAAUGUGUGCCGGUGCCCAUUUCUAAGAACAAAGGUGAUGUGCAGAGCUGUGGGAACUAGAGAGGAAUAAAGUGGAUGAGCCACACAAGGACGUUAUGGGAAAAAGUAGUGGAGGCGAGACUCAGGAAAGAAGUGAGUAUUUGCGAGCAACAGUAUGGUUUCGUGCCUAGAAAGAGGACCACAGAUGCGUUAUUUGCCUUGAGGAUGUGGAUGGGAAAGUACAGAGAAGGUCAGAAGGAGCUACAUGGUGUCUUUGUCGAUCGAGAGAAAGCCUAUGACCGAGUGCCCGGAGAGGAACGGUGGUACUGCGUGCGCAAGUCUGGAGUGGCACAGAAGUAUGUUCGAAUAAUACUCAGGACAUGUGCGAGGGCGGCAGAACAGCGGUGAGGUGUGACGUGUGACGGACGAAUUGAAGGUGGAGGUGGGACUGCAUCAGGGAUCAGCCCUGAGAGUGGUGACGUAGGCUGGGAGUUGAAAGAUCAUCACCCGAAGUGUUUUUUCCAUCAGACGACCUGUUGUCCUGAUCCGGGAUCAGCGCGGCGGCCACGCGCAACUCCAACGGGCGGAGGACGCUGAUCCCGGAUCGGCGAGCGCCGGGCCCCGCUGUCCCGCUUUCCCGGUCUCGCUUCUUCUUCUUUCUUUUUUUCUUUUUACCUCGGACGUGCGGUUCCUGCGCGCGUGCGUGCGCACGCGCUCGCCAAGGCAGUCAGCGGACGUGCGCGCGCUCGCUCUCUGGGCCGCCGUGAGAGGUUCAGACGACGUGAGCAAUGUAGGAAAGUUGCACUUUUCUUCCUCGCGAGGAACUUGAAGCGAACGCGAGGAAACUUUUCACUCGGCCUCCUCCUCCUCGACGCUUUUGUACGUUUGCUAAUUCAAGGAAAUCUUGUUCCACACCUGCGGAAUUUCUGAGCUCACCGCUUCAGUGAACGCCGCUUGCAGGCGGGCAGCAAGCUAACGGCUAGCUCUUGGCCACCUCCGGACUGUUUCAAACGCACUUUUUGCGCCCGUUUGGCGACGAAGUGGAGCGCCCGAUGCCGUCGCCGUUCCCCGAAGACUAAAAGACGAAAGCUCGAGCAGGCGGCUAGUGGACUUAUCGGGGCUGUGAAAAGUGGGGAAAGCGCGGCGGCUAACUCGCUAGCAUGCCGCAGCUGAGCGACGACGGCGACUUGGGCGCCAGCGACGAGCUGAUCCAGUUCCACGAAGAGGGCGAGCGCGACGACAAGAGAACCGGAACCGCCGCCGAGACGGACCUGGACGACGUCAAGUCGUCCCUCGUCAACGAGACCGAGACCACCAACGGCGCGUCGGGUUCCGAGGCGGCCAACAGGCGAGCCGGAACCGAGCCGGACGCGCCCGGCCGGGCCAGGCAGAACCGGCUGUCAGGAGAAGCGCUGAGGUGGCAGCAGACGGCUGGGGGUCUCUUCGCGCCGUCUCCCUAUGUGGGCUACCCCUUCUUCGUGAUUCCAGACCUGCGCGGGUCCUAUCUGGCCGGCGGAGGACUGGCAGCGGCACGCGCGUAUUUUCCUCUCCAGUGGCCCCUGCUGGACAUUCCGGGAAGAUCAGCCAUGAGAGACUCGGCCACGCCCGUUCACCUGUCUAGCGGCGUGCACGCCGACGUGGGUCGUCUCCACCCGCUGCUGUCCCGCCGCCCCGAGGCCUUAUUCCCGCCCCAGAGGGCGUCGCCUGGCUUCUCGCCCGACGCAGGCUCAUCCCGCCCGCCGCACGUCGCCUGCUAUCCUAUCUCGCCCGGGGGCGGGGCUCACGCGUUUGAUUGGCUGCAGGGUCAGCCGGUGUACCCGAUGACGGGAGGCUUCUCGCCCGCCACCCUCGCCAUCAAUGCCUCGGUGUCAAGCCUGGUGUCGAGCGGCUUCUCUUCCGGUGACCCGGCGAGCGGCCCGUCGCCGUCGGCCUACGUCUCGGCGGCCGUCAAACUGGAACCCCGAGAGCCCCGAGAACCCAGAGAACCCCGAGAACCAGGCCCGUUGAGGAAGUCGGCGGCGCUGAUGGUGGGCACGCAGGCCGUCGAUCAGAAGGUCAAAGCUCACAUCAAGAAACCUCUCAACGCCUUCAUGUUGUUUAUGAGGGACGAGAGGCCCAAAGUGGUGGCGCAGUGCCAAGUCAAGGAGAGCGCCACCAUCAACCAGAUCCUGGGACAGCGGUGGCAUUCCCUGAGCAAGGACGAGCAGGCCAAAUAUUAUGAGCUCGCCCGGAAGGAGCGUCUGCUCCACUCUCAACUUUACCCUGGAUGGUCGGCCAGAGACAACUACGGCAAGAAGAAGAAGAGGAAGAAAAGCAAGAGUGAUCCCCGACAAGACACCGGCGCAGACGAUUCCCCGCCACAGCCCAAGUGCGCGCACCUGUCCUCCUCCGUGCACGACGAGGCGCCUCACGCGCACGCCCCUCUCAUGCACGCGCGUGCGCACGCGUCUGCUGUCGGCAUGCAGGCGCGCACCCGCCCGUCACGCCCGCGCACAGUCUCCCACCUCACGCACACGCACUUGUCCCAGGCCAGCCCCGCCUCCUCCGUGGACUCCCCGGCCACGCCCACCGCCGCGCUGGCAUCACCCGCCGCCCCGGCGCCCACGCACACAGAGCACACGCACUCAGUCACACAAUCGGCCUCGUACGGCGAGCGCACGUCGCCGUACGCCGACCGGCCGCUCGCCCUCACUGCGAAGCCGCCGCGCGACACGCAUGCCCCACGCCUGUCCGCGCCCACCUUGGAGCCACCCUCCCCGGCCCCGCCCUCCUCCUCUCACAGACGAGCCAAUCAGCUGUAAGCGGUGGCGAGCCAGUCAGCCAUCAACCAAAAAAAAAAAAAAAAAAAAAAAGCUUUUAAACGUUUUUUAAAUCCCAUUUCUUGUCGUAUGACAACGACAAGUUUGUGGUCAAUAUUUGACUUUGUCAUCACGCGUGUUUUCGUUCGUGUUUUCACUCACAAAACUGCUUUUGUAAACCGGAAUAAAUAUUCACAACUUAACCACAUGCUGCUUCGUCAACUCGCAAACCCAUGAUGAUGUCAUACGUGGGUGAACAGCUGACUCGGGGUGUGAGGGAGUGUGUACGUGUGUGUGUGUCCUGAUUUUGUGUGU